AUACCAUUGCAAGUAAUGCAAGGUGAUGUUUUCUAAUAGAGUUCAUAGCACACUUUCAUAUGUCAUGUGGUACAUUGGUUAAUAUGUUUAUAAUGUGUAAGGUGGGUUUUUUCGACUACAUUGGUUCAAGCUGUAGGAAUGCCGAGGUGACUGAAGAAACGUUAAAAGCAAGAUGGAAUAAAACUGUGCAUUUCUUGUCUAUAGGGCUGGAACGAUUCAUCGACGUAAUCGAUUACAGAAAUACGCCGAUUCGCAUAACAUGCGUCGGCACGUCGCAAUGGAGUAAUUAAAAUGGCAGCGCCUGGCUUAAGUAUUCCCCCGAAGAACAAGCUGCAGCUAAAAAAAAACUCGCCUACGGUCAUCUAAAGCUUGGGAGUAUUUUAGCCAGAGACCAAACAGUGUGGUGCUGUGUAAGCUAUGCAAAUUGGAAAUGACUUAUCACAGCAGUACAACCGCCAUGAACGAACACUUGAAGGGAAAGCAUCCCGAAGCACUUUGUCAAGAUGGCAGCAAGGCAGCACUGUCCAGUGCCUUUUAGCACUGUGAGGAGAUGGCUGCUAUCUGAGACGAGCAUCGUGACAGACAGCCUCCAUAGAUGGUGAAGGAAGAGCAGCCCUCGUCAACCUCUGUGAUGAUCUGAUGGCAGAUCAAAGAAUGGACAUCUCCUCCACGAUGAAUGACCUUAUGUUGCCCAGUUCUAGUGACCUGAUUAGGAGUUCCAUGGCGACACCGGGCAUGGAGUAUACCCGCAAGAGAAAGGGCAGCAUCACAGACUAUGAAAUCGAUGGAUUAUCUUUUGAAUCUGAGGCUUCAUGGAUGAGAUUCCUCAUCCCAAGCUCACAGCACAUACAGUCCCCUGAGAGUGAACGAGACAGUAUGGACACAGAUAAGGACAGGAAUGAACUUGGAAGGGACUGUGUUGAUCAGCAGGGUCGGAUUAAGAAUGCAAGGGAGGCUCACAGCCAGAUAGAGAAGAGACGCAGAGACAAGAUGAACAGCUUCAUCGAUGAGCUGGCUUCAUUAGUGCCUACCUGCAACGCCAUGUCCUGCAAACUGGACAAACUCACUGUGCUGCGCAUGGCGGUUCAGCAUAUGAAAACACUACGAGGUGCUGCAAACCCUUAUACUGAAGCUAACUACAAACCAGCCUUCUUAUCAGAUGAUGAGCUAAAGCACUUAAUAUUAAGGGCUGCUGAUGGUUUUCUUUUCAUUGUCGGCUGUGAUCGGGGGAAGAUCCUUUUCGUGUCAGAGUCUGUCUACAAAUUUCUGAAUUACAGCCAGAAUGAUCUGAUUGGCCAGAGUUUGUUUGAUUAUUUGCACCCCAAAGACAUUGCAAAAGUCAAGGAGCAGCUCUCCUCAUCUGACACCGCUCCAAGAGAGAAACUCAUCGAUGCUAAAACCGGGCUGGCAGUUAGGACUGACAUCACCCCUGGUCCCUCCAGACUCUGCUUCGGGGCCAGACGCUCCUUUUUCUGCCGAAUGAAAUGCAACAGGCCCCUUGUCAAAAUGGAGGACAAAGACUUUCCCUCUACUUGCUCCAAAAAGAAAGCCGAUCGCAAGAGCUUUUGCACCAUCCACAGCACUGGCUAUCUAAAGAGCUGGCCGCCCCCUAAAAUGGGCUUAGAUGAAGACAACGAGCCUGAUAAUGAAGGCUGUAAUCUCAGCUGCUUGGUGGCCAUUGGUCGAUUGCAUCCUCAUAUUGUCCCUCAACCCAUUAACGGAGAAAUCAGGGUGAAGCCUACUGAGUAUGUCUCACGCCAUGCCAUUGAUGGGAAGUUUGUCUACGUGGACCAAAGGUCCACUGCCAUUCUUGCUUAUCUACCUCAAGAGCUACUAGGCACGUCUUUCUAUGAGUAUUUCCAUCAGGAUGAUAUUGGACAUCUUGCUGAAUGCCAUAGACAGGUACUAAAGAUGAGAGAGAAGAUCAACACUAACUGUUACAAGUUCAAGAUUAAAGACGGCUCUUUUAUAACUUUAAGAAGUCGCUGGUUCAGUUUCAUGAACCCUUGGACCAAAGAAGUAGAGUACAUUGUCUCCACUAAUACAGUUGUCUCGGGCAGUUCGCUUGAUGGGGCAGAUCCCAGCUAUUCUCAACUCACUUCCUCUCCCCAGAGUAUGGACAGUGUCCUUACAGCUGGUGACAGCUCAGGAAAGCGUGCUCUCCAGACUGUGCCUGGAAUCCCUGGAGGCACAAGACCCGCAGCAGGAAAGAUCGGCCGCAUGAUUGCUGAGGAGGUGAUGGAGAUCCAAAAGAUAAGAGGCUCAUCCCCUUCUAGUUGUGGCUCAAGUCCCCUCAACAUCACCAACAGCACAUCUCCUCCGGACACAUUCUCCCCUGGGGGCAGGAAGAUUCCAAAUGGUGGAACUCCAGACAUUCCUUCUGCAGGGAUGGUGUCCAAUCAGGACAGCAUAGGAUACCCCUAUUCCAACAGCUCUGUUUUAAGUGAUAAUUCACACAUUGGUAUUGGUGACAUCAUGGAUGAACCUGGCUCCAGCAGCCCCAGUAGUGAUGAGGCUGCCAUGGCGAUCAUCAUGAGCCUGCUGGAGGCGGAUGCAGGUCUGGGAGGUCCAGUGGACUUCAGUGACUUGCCCUGGCCGCUGUGAUAGCCCUUGGUCAUUCUGCAUCUGAGCGAGAACUUCACUGUCAUGUGUACACCCUGUCACUCUGUGUCCUAACCAGGCACAAUUCGAUGAAGCGAUGAGCCUUGAAUCCUAUCUUGUCCAUGAUAAUCUGGGUUGUUUUCAUCAUUAGCCAUUACAUGCAACAAGACAUUUUGUUGGUUGCUUGGUUUCUAUUUCUGUCACAUUGCACACAGUGAAAUCUCAUUGGUACAAAUUCCUGCUCCACAGCUUCUCGCUCACUUCAAGCAGUAUUUUAUUUUCAGUGAAGACUGAAAAAUUACUUGAUGCUGCCAACUUGCAUGGUUAGGAUAUGUGUCAGACUGCUCAACGACAAUGCCGACAACAUGCCAUUAUCAGUACUGUUAUGAUUAAAGCUGAAGUGUGUAAUUUAUGUGCUACUAUUGUCACCAAACGGAACUGCAAAAAUCAUGAUGUUUUCAAAAAAGGUUUCCCGAACACUCCACAUCUAACCCUCAAACUCCCACCAUUGUUUGAGCCAACAUUGCUGUGUUGGGCUAGUUGGGAUGACAAACAAACAUAGCACCUACAAAUGGCUAACUUACAGUUGUCUCUGGAUAUAAAGCUGGGAUAAAGUAUUUUAACAAAAAGGAAAAAAAAAAAAUACACACUCCUGCUUUAAGGAUGUUGUUUUAACAUAUAGAAUAGAGCACUUAAUGUCAAUUCCACAAUCAAACAAACAAAAAUCUUGUUUGGUCAUGGAGAUAUUUUCUAUCUAUCUCUCAACUCGUAUGUUCUUUCUUUUGUGUCAUAAUAUUUGCUCAUAAAAAAAAUCCAAUGUGUAUCAUAGUUUUGUGUAUUGUAACGUAUAUGAAUUAUUUUAUCUGAAUGUAUGUGUUUUAAGCAGAUUGAAAGGGCAUUGACAUAUUUUUAAAAUAAAGUAUUCCUUUUUCUUGA